UUUUGAAAAUGCCAUUUAUUACCACAUUACUUAUGGAUGGAGGAGAAUAAGUGUUGGUUUUAAUGAGGUGACCUCCCAGAGUGCACUUCUCUCUCCUGAAGCGGUCUGCUGUGUCAGGGCCGCAGUGCGUGACGGGUCAGUCUAUUACUGUACUUCUAAGAGCUCGCUCCUGCUCCGAGGAUCCCCACAGACAGAAAAAAUGAACCUGCCGACCAGAGAGGAGUGUGAGGGGUGGGAACAGGCGCAGGUCGCACUUUUCAUGUGCAAGAACAAAAUGCAAGACUGUGCUGUCACUGUAAACAGGCUGAGGAUUAACGGACAGAGACUUCUGAACCUGUCUGAAAACGACAUGAGCAAGUUCAGCCUCAUCCACCAACCGCAGCUUCAGAAAAUUGUACAAGACAUCAAGAAAAAUGACGGCAGUUUGCUGAACAAACUACGAAGACUUAAGAAUAAACCAGUCCCAAAAGUCCCUGAGAGAGACUACAGAGCUGACGAUGGCUGGGAUUGUGACGAUCUGCCGUCCGAACCUGAUUAUGAUAAUGACAUGUAUUUGGAUCCUCGAGAGGACCACGAUCAAAGCUAUGAGCCUCCUCCCAGCCUCAGAGAGUUACCCACAACCUCGUCUGUUUCCUUCCCAAGGGGGGAGUAUAUCGACAGCUGCCGUAACCGACCUGAGCGGCCGCUCAGGAAGCUCCCCCACCCAGGCAAAGCCUCCAAACCACUGCUACCUGAACCCUCACCUGUGGGGAGCGAUGAAGAUGAAUAUGUCACUCCAGACACCAGUGGUGAUGAGAAUAACUACGUAGAACCUGAAGACAAUCAACAAUCAAAUUCCACGUUGCAUAGUGGGAGCAGGACAGGCAGAGAACGUCCCGCAAUCCCUUCACAUUUAUCAAAAAGUUCGUCAAGACCCGGUGUCAGCAUCCCUGAACAAGAGGAGAGCUCAUUACGUCGUCCAGCAAACAGAUUGUGUCCACCACCCUCAAAAAUCUCACCUUCAUUGGCGCCGAAGCCAGGCCCCAGAAUUCUUGUUAAAUCUCCUCAGACUGUUCAGGAGCCCACAGAAGAAGAUGAAUAUGAAGUUUGUGACCCAGAUAAUGGUCCAUGUGAAAAACCAUCAGAAAGUCCUCCUAAAAUUCUUCCAAAACCUGUACCAAGAGGGUCACCGAAACCACCUAUACGGCCGAGACCAGAUUUAAAACCCAGAGAAUUUACCAGUCAAACGAUGCCUGUGAUGCACACUGAGCCGAAGCCUCCACCCAAAACUUUUACACUGGACAUGAAACGGCCAAAAAUUCCUCUUCCACAGGUUAUCUCCUCCAAAGCAGCUGACAGAGGGAGUGAUUCUGCUGAAGAAUGGUCACCAGAGCAAGACAAGGAUGCAGACCUGUGGAGGAAGCCCUGGUAUGCCAACACAUGUGACCGCAAGACCGCUGACGACAUCUUGAUUCGCUCGAAUAGAGACGGGGCGUUCAUGGUGAGGAAGAGCUCAGGGCAGAACGCAAAGCAGCCGUACACACUGGUGGUCUAUUACAAGAGCAGAGUGUACAACAUCCCCAUCAGAUUCAUACUGGCGAGUCAGCAGUACGCUCUGGGGCGGGAGAAGAAAGGAGAAGAGUAUUUCAGCAGCGUCACCCACAUCAUUGAGAAUCAUCAGAGGAAUCCCCUGGUGCUGAUCGACAGUCAGAGUAACAGCAAGGACGCCACCAAACUGAGCUACCCUGUGAAGCCCUGAAUGAGCGAACGUCCCGCU